AUGUCCGAGUGCUGCAAGCAGGGAUCGUUCCACAAGGGCACCGCCGUCGGCUCCGAGACCAAGCUCGCCGACCGCGACGUCUACGUGACGGGCGACGAGUCCUCGUCGGUCGCCAUCCUCCUCGUCCCCGACAUUUUCGGAUGGAGGCUCAACAACACGCGCUGCCUCGCCGACAAGUACGCAAAGGGCGUCGGCGCGCGCGUCUACGUGCCCGACUUUUUCGAUGGAGAGGCCGUGCCGACCGAGGUCAUGUCGGACCCCAAGCUGCGCGAAAAGUUUGACAUCAUGGCCUUCCUGGGCAAGUACCACCCGCGCGAGGCGUCGUGGCCCAAGGUCGAGGCCGUCGUCGAGGCCAUCCGCUCGACGCAGAAGGGCGUCAAGAAGGUGGGCGCCAUCGGCUUCUGCUGGGGCGCCCCCUCGUGCCUCUACCUCGGCUCGACGCGCGCCAAAAAGUCGGCCCACGUCGACGCCAUCGGCUUCGCCCACCCCUCGGUCAGCGAGACUUCGGACUUUGAGCACCUCGACGCCCCCUCGCUCUUCCUCUGCGCAGAGCACGACGAGAUGCUCCCCGACGACAAGCGCAACGCCGCCAUCGACGUCACAAAGAAGCUCACAAAGGAAAAGGGCACCUUUGUCAAGUGGGUCUACUACCCCAACACCACCCACGGCUUCGCCACCCGCGGCGACGAGGAGGACGGAUACGUCGCCCGCUGCAUGCAGGACGCCGCCAACGAGGCCAUCAGCCACUUUCGCGCUAGCCUUCUCGCCUGA